AUGCCGAUGAUAAUGCAACCGUCGAAUCAGAUAAAAUUCACGAAUGUGUCGAUUGUGAGGUUAAAGAAAGGCAAGAAGAGAUAUGAACUAGCCUGUUAUAAGAAUAAGCUACUGGAGUACCGAUCUGGCGCUGAGACAGACCUGGACAACGUCCUUCAGAUCCCCACGGUCUUUCUCUCAGUAUCUCGUGGCCACACUGCACCAACGGCGGAGCUAGCCAAGUCGUUUGGGAAGGAUUACAAGACAGAGGAUGUCAUCCAGGAGAUUUUACGCAAGGGUGAGGUACAAGUGGGUGAGAAGGAGAGACGGGAUAUCCUCGAUCGAGUUGAGAAGGAGGUGUUGGAGAUAGUGUCUGCUAGGCUGGUUGACCCCGUAUCGAAACGCGUCUACACCACAGGGAUGAUUGGUAAAGCGUUGGACCAGUUGAGUGCUGCCAGCGGGCAGCAGCAGCAGCAGCAGCAACAGCAACAACACCAACAUGAAGUCGCAGAGGCAGAGGUAGAUGGUGACGAGGAGAUAUCGAAGAAGACUGCAGAGCUGGCGCUCACCCCGCGAAAACCUCUGUGGACAGGCGUCACGACUUCAAAGUCGGCAAAGAUCCAAGCCCUGGAUGCAAUGAAGGCCCUAAUCGCUUGGCAGCCUAUACCCGUCAUGCGAGCCAGGAUGCGUCUCCGUAUUACCUGCCCAACAUCUAUACUGAAACAGCCGGUCCGCACAGUAACAUCGUCGGCCGCUGCACCCGGCAAUUCAAGCAACGCGCCCUCAUCGUCGAAGAAGGAAAAAAGUAAGGGCAAGAAAGGUAAGAAGGCCGCUGACGACGAAGAAGAGGAUGACCAGAGUAAAGGUGCUGCUGCUACUACAUCUACCCCAGCCGCAGCCGGGACAGUCAAGGACCGGAUCCUUAGUUAUCUGGAACAGAUUGAGUCGCAGGAGGUGAUAGGCGGCGACGAAUGGGAAGUCUUGGGCUUUGCUGAACCCGGGGCCUUCAAGGGGCUGGGUGAGUUCAUCGGCGGAGAGACCAAGGGCAAGGGUAGGGUCGAAGUGAUGGACAUGGCUGUAACUCACGAAGAGUAA